AUGGCGUUACCGGAAUGGGGAGAUGUUCCUCCACUCAACGACGAGGAUUCUGAUGGAGAAAACCGUACUGAAAGAAACGAUUACAACAUUGAGCAAGCUGUGAUUGACUUUGACGGUGAAUCACCCAUUCGUCACAAUGUCUAUCCAGACACAGAGAGCGAUGAUGAAGAAGAAGAAGUCCAAAGAACAGUGAGAAAGCGUAACAAUAUCGUCAGAGGCGAAGGAAAUUUGUUUGAAGGACAAGUCUUUAGCACUGGUUUGGCUUUUAAGGAAGCUGUUCUUGAUUAUGCUCUGAAAACAAGCAGAAAUCUCAAACAAUACAGGUAUGACAAAGAUAAGCUUGGCUAUAAUUGUGUUGGCGAUGGCUGUUCAUGGCGGAUCUACUGUUCCACAACGGGGAAGACAUUCCAAUGGCAAGUUAAAGUCUUUAAGAAUGUGCAUAGCUGUGUCCCUAAUGGUUGUUGUGAGAUGAUCAAAGUUCCAGUCAUUGCACGCUUGUUUGUCGACAAGAUUCGAGAAGAACCGGAAUACUUUAUGCCAAUGAAGAUCGAGAAACUAAUCAUGGAGAAGUGGAAGAUCAAUGUGUCUAGACCUCAGUGUCAAGCUGCAAGGAACAAGGCGUUGAGGUGGAUUGCGAGAGAGUAUGAUGAACAGUUUGCGCGUCUCCAUGAUUAUGUUAAGGAGAUACUGGAGUCGAAUCCCAAUUCUUCUGUGGAGCUUGAGUGUCUGCCAGAUGAGAAAGGUUUAGAGCUAUUCAAUAGGUUCUAUGUCUGUUUUGACAUAUUAAGAAGAAGCUGGAAAGAUACUUGUAGGCAGAUUAUAGGAGUGGAUGGAUGCCAUCUGAAGUCGGAGAUGAAAGGGAUGUUAUUGGUAGCUCUAGGUCGAGAUCCAGAUAAUGCAAUAUAUCCUAUUGCUUGGGCUGUAGUGCAAGUAGAAAACACAAAUAAUUUGUUGUGGUUUGUGAAAAAGAUAAAAGAUGAUUUGGGUCUGCUUAAUGGUGAAGGAUUUAUCAUGGUCUCGGAUAGGCAAAAAGGAUUAAUCAAAGCUGUUCAGACUGAGCUGCCAGAAAUAGAGCAUAGAAUGUGUGUGAGGCAUAUAUACACAAAUUUGAAGGGGAAGCAUGGAAAAAAAGGAACAGAUUUGAAGCUUCAUGUUUGGAAUCUUGCGUGGAGCUACAAUGAGCCACAAUAUUAUGAGAACUUGGACAGGAUAUUCAACUACGAUUCUCAACUUCAUGAAGAUGUGUUAAAGACAAAUCCCAAGUCUUGGUCUAGAGCAUUCUUUAAGCUUGGAAAUUACUGUGAAGAUGUUGAGAAUAAUUCAACAGAAUCGUGGAACAACACAAUUCUGAAGGCUAGAGACAAGCCAUAUGUCCCUAUGUUGGAGAUGAUUGCUCGACAGUCAAUGGUCCGUAUCGCAAAGAGAAGUGUGAUAACGUUAGAUCACAGAAGCUUGUGUACUCCUUAUGUGAUUGAGUACCUAGAAGAGGAGUUAGAGAAAGCAUCGGCGUUUUGGCCUGUUGGAGAAGAACCACGAGUGCAUCAAGCUCCGGAGCCACCACAACCUGGCCGUAAGAAAGGUGAAAAAGAUGGAAAGAGAGGAAAUAACAGUAAAAAGAGGAAAAAAGGAAUAAAUGAGUCUCCAACAAAGAAGAAACCCAAGAUGUUGAAGAGGAUAAUGCAUUGUAGUCAAUGUGGUGUAGCUAAUCACAACUCUCGAUUUCACAAGAAAGCACAACAGGCUCCUCAGCGUGACUCUUCUCAGGUUGAGUCUUCACAGGCUCAAGAAUAA